UGCCCUCGUCCACUCGACCGUCUUGCACACAUUUCGAGCGUUCGUGGCAAUUUUUAUUUUUACGAGCGUCCCGUAUUUUCAUUUCCGAAUUUGGCGUAAAAAUUUUGCGGUUUUUCGAAAACUCGCGCAAAGUUUCCACCGAUCACGUCGUCACGAUGUUUACCAGAGUUGCCGCCAAAGUCGGAGCGACUUGUGCUUACACCACGUGAAGACGACAAGCCCAGCUUUGUUGUACUUGGGUAUCCCAACCUUUUUUUCGAAGCAAAGUGGCGUGCCUUCAACGCUGGAGAACUGUACAAUGGAGGAGGUUCCAAGCGAUGUGGAGGUUGUCAUAAAAAAUGUUAACAACAAGGGGAUAAUAAUAAGGGACAGAGAGGAGAUAACCGAUAAGGGAGAGGAGAUCAAGACGACAGAGUACUUCUUGGACGUUGGAGAACAAGGCGACGGAGAUGAAGUUGACGACACGCAGUUCGUUACUGUUCAGAGCGAACAGGAUGGACAUUUUGUCGCGGUGGAGGUUGGUGAUUCUGGUCAAUUGAUAAUACCGGACAAGGAAGUUAUACUGUGGAACGAGAUCUGCAGAGUUUGUGCCAACAGUGGAAGCGAUAAAGAGUUUAUUCCGAUAUUCUCUGGGGAGGGACUAGAGCACGAUCUGAGCAGUAAAAUUCAUACCUAUCUGCCUAUGAGGGUUUCCGAAAAUGAUACACUUCCUCUUCAAGUAUGUUACAAUUGCGCAGCAACGAUGAUAGCAUGGGAUGAGAUAUUUAAAGGCUGUAUGGAUGCUCAGCAGCGGCUUCUAGAACUACAAAGUAAAUUAAAUCUGAAAGAGCAGUAUUAUAAUGACUCACCGGUUGAGGAAGAAAAUAUGGGCACAGUAUUAGAAGUCGAAACUACUAACCACGAGGAACCUCAGGUGGCAGCCAAAGACUCUUUGGAAACACUGCAGAUUGUUGAACCUAACAGGUCCAGAAGUUCACAGACACCAAAAACAGAUACAUCACACAAAUUAAAAAAUCAUCUUGAUGAAAAGAAGUCAUUCAAAUUUUCUAAUAGUAAUGAAAGUGGAUGUUUGAGUGUCGUGACAUUAACGCAGAAUCUUGAAAAAGAACAUUUUAACGGACCUGUUGAGAAAGGAGAUUCUCUAGUAAGCGGGACAGUCGAUGCUGUUGCGAAAGAAACUCGAAUCAUGACGAGAGUGCUGAAUCCACCUGAGAUACGUACUUCGAGAGAAACGGAUGAAAUCAGCGAUCUUACGAAAAAUAGGAAAUUAUCCGAAGAAGAAAUCACAACGGCAACCGCCAACGUAGCAGAUCUUCUAGAGCACGAAGAGUCCGAAAAGGUCGAAGACGAAACUCGAAUGAAAAUAGCCGAGUUCUCCAGUUCUGCCGACGAAUGCCUAGACCGCAGUUCAGAAAGCUCCGACGUCGACGCCCCCGAAAAAGCAUCCUCGGAGACCGACAAAAAAGUCAAGAGCCAAAAACGAAUGCCAGUGUCGUACACUUGCGACGACUGCGGUAAAAUCUUCAAGUUCAAGGAUACAUUUUCCCGGCACCGGCGCAUCCACUCCGACGAGCGCCCGUUUACCUGUCACGUUUGCGGAAAGCGGUUCCGCGACUCCGGCGGACUAUGCCGCCACGUCCGAGACGUUCACGCCAAGGUGAAGAAGUGGCCCUGCAGCAGAUGCAGCCGGAGUUUUGCAUCAAAGGCGACUCGUGACGACCACGAACGCACUCACACGGGCGAGCGGCCCUACAUCUGCGAUAGCUGUGGCAAGAGCUUCAAGACCAAGGCUUCACUCUACAUUCACGCCAAGAUCCAUACGGAUCUAUUCCCACAUCUCUGCGUCCACUGCGACAAGAGCUUCCGGAGGAGGCAAGAGCUGCUGGCCCACGUGACGACUCACACUGGCGAGAAGAACUUCGAAUGCGACGUGUGCUUCAAGAGCUUCAGGAUAAAAAUGGAGCUGAGAAGGCACGCGCUCAGCCACUCGGAUGACAAGCCGUUCGUCUGCGAGCUGUGCGACUUCAGAUGCAAGCAGAGGCGGUAUCUCAACAAUCACGUGAAGCACAAGCACAGCUUGAUCGAGAAAACACCAUACGAAGGAGCUAGCACAUGCUUGAAUCUCGAAGAUGGCGGGGUCAUCACCAUCCUCACGACAGAGCCGACGAUGGUUUCAGCUAGUGAAAUCGACGCCAUGACUGCCGUAACGCCUCGACGUCGAAAGCGCAGCAAGAGGGAUUCUCUGGAUGUCGAGGGCUCAAAUAAGUCGAAAUCCGCCAACCGCACUGGCCAACGCCGACAAGAGAUAAUCCAAGCCAAGGUAAUCGUCGAUGGCACCAUCUACUACAAGUGCGAGGAGUGUCCCAAGCUUCUGUCAACUCCGUACAACUACAUCGCGCACAAGCGCGUGCACACCCACGAGCGGCCGUGCACCUGCGAGAUCUGUGGCAAGAGCUUCACGGCGGGAUCGUCGUUGAACCGGCACGUGCGCGACGUCCACCAAAAGAUCAAGGACUACAAGUGCGACUAUUGUGACCGCAGGCUUGCGUCGAAGGUCGCCCGAGACGAGCACCAGCGCACUCACACGGACGAACGACCCCACGUUUGCGAGACCUGUGGCAAGAGCUUCCGACAGCGAGCAUCGCUCUCGGUGCACCGAAGGUUCCACUCCAAGAGCUUCCUGUUCAACUGCAAGCUCUGCCACAGAGGAUUUCCCAGGAAGCAAGACAUGGAGAGACACGAGUUGACUCAUACCGACCAGAAACCUUACGGCUGCAAGGUCUGCGACAAAACUUUCAGGAGCUCGGCCUCGGCCAUAAGGCAUCGACAGGCCAGCAGCAACGUACAAAGAAAAACCUGCACGAAAGAAAAGCAAGAGAAGCUUCUUCCUAGCUUUCGUCCAGCCAAGCAGUGUACCAAGCUUUUGGAGGCUGUCGACCCGCUGAAAAUUGAUAAACCGCCAGACACCGACGAUUUAGCAAAGCAGAUACAGGAAACUGUCGAAAGGUUCACUUACAUGUGCGGAGUCUGCGACGAACUUUUUGACGAAGAGGAUGCGUUGAUGCGCCACAUACGCAAGGCCCACGAGGAGAGUGAUUCUGAGUUCAAUCCGAUGCGCUACGAGUGCAGCAUCUGCGGUCGCUCGUACGAGACCAAAAUUGGCCUGAUUAGACAUCUGGCCAAACAUAGAGGUACCACCCAUUUGCCUGGCGAGGAAAAGCUCCUCGCCGAGUCCAAGAUCCGUUUGGCGCAUGUGUCGGGGUCCGUGUACAAGUGCAAUAUCUGCAUGAAGGUUUUAUCCUGCCCAAAGUCAUUCCUGCGCCACAUUCGAGUUCACAACAACGAGAAACCUAUCGUGUGCGAUAAAUGUGGCAAGUCCUACCGCAUGGAGCAAGAUCUGAAGCGACACCAGGAUGACGUGCACGAAAAGAUCAAAAGAUUUCCCUGUGACCUGUGCGAAAUGUCUUUCGCGGCAAAGGGAACGAGAGAUGCGCACAGAAGAAUUCAUACGGGGGAGAAGCCAUUCGAAUGCAACGAAUGUGGUAAGUUCUUCAGGUCUGUCAGCCUGCUGGGUGUACACAAAAGGAUGCAUCAGGACUAUCGACCCCACAAGUGCAAUUCUUGCGAGAAAGCCUUCCGAUCAAAGCAAAAGCUCGAGGCGCACGAGGCUAUUCACACGGGUAUCAGACCGUAUCCAUGCGACAUAUGCAAAAAAUUGUUCGCGGCUAAAGGAGAGGUGACCAGGCACCGGUCUGUUCACUUUAACGAGAAGCGCUUCCUCUGCUCGGAGUGCGGACUAGCUUUUAGGCUGAACAGAUCUAAGGAACUUCAGCGAACUUGCGCCAGCUUCAAAGAGUUUCAAAAGAUUUACAAACACGCCCUUCCAGCUUCCAAAAUCAAGAGGAAAGCUCAAUUACCACCCAAAUCAGCGAAGAAACGUACGAGCCGUACAAUAAAAAAGAAAUCAGUAAAACAAAUUGCCAAGAUAAAAAUGGAAUCGGAAAACCACUGCACAACCCCAAAAGAAGAUACUCUGGAAGAUUCGGAAAAUUCGAUCUUCGCGGAAGUUCAGCCUGAAUCUCCACAUUCCGACGGUGUCGACGACCACGACGCCGACGAUCCAGAUUUCGAGCUGACGCCUGACAUCUCACCGAGCAAAACGAAAAAGUCCCGGCGCAAGCUCAGCGCUGACAACUCUACCGCCUCGAACGCUGGCAACCUCGAGUGUACAGAAUGCAACAAGAAAUUCCGCAUGUACAACAGCUACCAAAUCCACAUGAGGAGACACACAGGAGAGAAACCCUACACUUGCCACAUCUGCGGAAAACAAUUCGGUCAAACAGGUAGCUUGUAUUAUCAUUUGAAGCACGUCCACGGUGGCGUCAAGAAUCAUGCCUGCGAUAUCUGUGGCCGGUGCUUUGCUAUGAAAACAGCUAUGGAGGACCACCGUAGAAUUCACACGGGCGAACGGCCUUACGUCUGCGACUCCUGCGGCAAGACCUUCAAAACUAAAGCCUCGCUCUACAUCCAUAGUAAGAUUCACACGAACGAGUAUCCGUUUAAAUGUAGUUACUGUAAGAAGCUGUUUCGCUGGAAGCAACAGAUGAUCAGUCAUGAGACGACUCACACGGGGGAGAAAAACCACAUUUGUGAUAUCUGCGGAAAGGGUUUUGGAGUGAAGAACGAAUUGACGAGGCACCGGCGGACCCAUUCGUUGGACAAGCCGUUUACUUGCCAGAAGUGCGGCGUCAGCUUCGGGCAGAAAAGAUAUCUGACUAAUCACAAUCGAACGCGACACAAGACGAAGGUCGCUGGCAGUUCUUAAUUGUAAAAUAGUGACUGAGAGAAAAGGAGAUCAGUUAUAUUUAAUACUAAUUUUAUACAUCAUUAAAAUUGUGAAUUUAUUCUAUUUGCAAAUUGUAUAUAAAACUUUUUGUAAUACAAAUAUAUGUGCUCCUUAUGUUUAAUGCGAGUUUGAGAUUUCUUUCUUAGUGCUACAUGUAAUACAAUUUCAUUUUUUUUCAAGUCAUAUUUCAGUUCAUUACAAUAGCUUAUUUGAUAGAAUUUAUUUACACAUUGCAAUUACUAAUUAUGUGUAGUCUAUCAUAUUUUAAUCAAACAUAAAAUUUCGUGUCACAUACUUUCAUAAGCAAAUAACUUGCUUAUGUUUUGGUACAGCUUGGUAACACAUGUAAACUAAAUUCUAGUUUUGAAAACCUUAA